GCGAAACCUUGCGUAUUAAUUCUGUCCAUCUUGCGCAUCAUCAAGCCCUUAUCUCACCAAGAUUCAGCCGCGGAGCAUUUGUACACGCAUUAUGAAGAGGAGCACACACAAGAGCGGGGGAAUGAAUCCCUGCCUCUGCUCCAGCCAACAGGGUGGCUCUCCUUACGCGUUUCGGUUAUAUCGUGGACACUGAACAUGGGGUGAAGGAAUAUUUACAGUCUUCUGAGCCGUUCCUCUGAGAUUCACAUCCCUUGCAACCAGACCCAGAAAUCGUCGCCCAUCCAAAUUUCUUCCUGUACGAGUAUACCAUGACUAGCUCAAGGGCCAGCAUGGCCUUCUGGCCUAAGCAGAUGAUACCGCCCACACCUGAAAACUACAAGGAGCUGGCGAAAGAUGGCGCAGAAAGGCUAGCUGCCGUAUCUCUAGAGCAGAUCCCGGCUAUUCCGGCCGGUGCCGUGAUUCACGACAACGGCUGCGGACACGGUUCUGCCACGGCCGUCAUCAUGGCCUCUGCGGCUCCAGAAGUCGCUGCGACUUAUAAAAUCACGGGGACGGAUAUCUCAGGUGGAGCGGUGGAAGUCUAUUGUGACCGAGCGGAGACUCAAGGCUGGCCUGCUCAGGGUCUUGUCAUGGAUUCUGACAAUCUCAAAUUCCCAGACGAAACUUUCACUCACUCCAUCGGCAAUGCGCUGAUCUUCGUGGGGCCUCGCAACAAUGGAGUCGACGCUACCAAAGAGAUGUAUCGCACGCUCAAGCCCGGAGGGACGCUCAUACUAAACUGCUUCGCCUAUGUGCCUGUCCUAGAGCCUAUCCGUGAGGCUUCUCGAGUAACCCGCACAGGAGCCAUACUACCGGCCUGGACGUCAUUUGAACAAUGGACAGAUCCAUCUGUUAUAGCGAAUGUUGUGGAGGCCGGUGGGUUCAAAAAGGAGUCCAUAAAAGUCGAGCAGCGCGAGAUGUUUGUGAAUAUCGGAGAUUUUGAUCGCCACACUGAGUUGGUCUGGAGCAUGAGGGGAAUGCCGAGCACUGGCUGGAGUCGAGAAGACGAGGAGCGGUGGGACGAGGCGUUGGAGAUUGUGAGGCGUGAAAUGAGAAAGACUGAAGGUUUCAAGACCCUUGACGACGGCACUACGGUUAUACGAAAUAUCAUCAAUGUGGCAACGGCGACCAAGUAAAGGCCCGCGAAGAGACAGAAUGAGGCUGAUACUAUCAAGCUCAGAAAUGGGUCUUGGGCGAUUGCAAGAGGGGAUGUUGAACUUUAUAUUUGGACAUGUACCAAAAUUGCGCGAUUUUGUCUCAGUCUCUCGUCCUAUAAGAUACACCUAGGCAUUAUGCGGCAUGUAGGUGAUUUUAUUUCUUGCGAUAGUUUUAGGUAUAAAAGCUGUAUUAUUAGGAGCGAGCGUUUGGAAUCUCCACGCACUUUAGGCAGAUGAAGAAUUUGACGGGAUGUGAUGGUAGAUGAUCCAUUAUAAACGCGACAAAUUACACUGUAGCACUCUAAUUCGCGUUCAGACAUCUGGC